GAGCAGCUCAUGGACGGACUCUGAUCUGCAGCAGCAGAGAACGCUGCUCACCUUUGACCCCACCGAUGGAGCAACUGUUACCAUGGAAACGCUGCAUCCACCUGACUCUGCUGCUGCUGCUGGUCCAGCUGGGUUUACCUGAAGUCAGAGCUUCCUGUCGUAUCCUGAGGUGUAACUCUGAGUUUGUGGCCGCGACCUUUGACCUCAGCAGCACCACUUCAGCAGCUCUCAGUAGGGAGGAGGUGAAUGCCAGGUACUGCAGUGCCUUGCGCACUUACGCCAUGUGCACCAAGAGGAUGGCGCGGUCGUGUCGCGGCGACCUGGCUUACCACUCUGCAGUCCAGGGGAUCGAGGACCUGCUGAUCCAGCACCGCUGCCCGAGGGCGGGGCCCACGGCCCAGCCCAUGCCCCGCCCUCAGGGGACGCUGUCAGGAGACACCUGCCUGUACGAGAGGAGCUUCUUCAGCAGGGAGGGUCGGACGCCGGAGUACCUGCACUGCAGCGUGUUCGGAAACCUGCACGUCCGCUCCUUCAACGACGACUUCCACACCUGCGCUGUGCAGGGGGCGUGGCCUCUCAUAGACAACAAGCACCUGUACGUUCAGGCCACCACCUCUCUGGCAAGAGGCGGGACUUACCCCACGGUUCUCACCAAGAUCAGCAUCAUCUUUAAGGACUGGCGUCAGUGCAUCGAUCAGCAGCUCUACCAGGCGGAGCUGGACAACGUUCCCGCCGCCUUUGCCGACGGUUCCGUGUGGAACGGCGAGCGGCGAGGCCACCGCAGCCUGACGGUCCGGACGGAGAGUCCAGGUCGGCACGCGGAGGUCCGGGCGGCCCACAUCGGCACGCUGCUGGUGGUGCGACAGAGUGGCCGCUCCCUCAGCCUGUCCGUCCGCUCGCCGCGCCACAUCGCCGAGGACUUCGGACCCGACCAAGACCUGCAGCUGUGCGUGUGGGGCUGCCCCGCCUCCCAGAAGCUCAACACGCUCCGCCCCCUUCCCCCUCCUGAGCCCGCCUCCCUUGCCGCCGAGGCCCACUGCGCCGCUCAGCUUCCUGCCCGGGACGUGUACUACCAGGCCUGCGUCUUCGACCUGAUCUCCGGCGGAGACAUGAACUCCAGCGUGGCCGCGGUGGGCGCGCUGCAGGAUGCUCGGGACAUGAUGUCCAACACGGACAGGGUCCACCUGCUUCCUGUCUCGGCUGCGGGCCGCCUGCUGCCACACCUGAUGCUGCUGCUCGGCAUGCUGGGAGCUGUGGGCGGGGCCUGAGCCGAGCCGGAUCUUUUCUUCAAACGAGACGAGAACAGUUCUGAUCAGAGAGUCCUUCUGUCCCAACUGUGACCCAGACGCUUUUUACAAUCUGGAACUGUGACGCCAGAACCUCCACGAAGACCCCCCACCCCACACCCACC